GCGGUGGACCGGCAUAUGAAUUCGAUUGGUGCGAAACAAUAUAUGACCAUUUAAAUUGAAACUGAAUUGUUGUUGUCUGAAAGACAACGAAGACGACGACAACGACUGCAAUCGAUUUCGAUUCCGAAGCAAACUGCUGGACACUGACACGUAUCAGCUAGGACAAGGUCAAGGAAUUUUCGGAACUUGGCGACUUGGCGAUGUCUUUUGAUCGCAUGCGAUCGUGCGUGAUCUGUGGGGGUGGAUCAGUCGGUAUAAAACCGUGUCCCGAACGCCGGGAAAGGCACAGUUUGUCACCUGCAACCAAACCAAAAACCACUUCCAGCCUCAACAUGUUCGCCAAAGUGAUCUUCUUCGCCGUCCUGGCCAUUGCUUGCGUCGCUGCCAAGCCACUGUUCCCAGUAGCUGCCUACAGUGCGUACAGUGCUCCCGUCGUGGCUGCUUCGCCAGCUCUGGCUGCCUACAGCGCUCCGGUAGCAGCUGCCUACACUGCCGCUCCAUUCGGCGCCGCCUACACUGCUGCCUUGCCUUAUGCUGCUGGAUUCCCGUAUGCUGCUACCGCUGCCCUUCCCUACACCUCCCUGGUCCUGUAAAACCCGUCACCUGCAAUUUCCCCAAACCCUUCUAUGAUCUCGCAACCCUAAAACUUUAAUUGAAAAAAAAAGAUCCUUCUCCUUAAAAAUGAUACCAAAAAUUCGAAGAAGAUUUCUGCGGAACAAAAAAUAAAAUCUCAAAAAUUUGCAACUGA